GUUUUACAGAGGUAAAAGACUUCCUCUUUCUUUAGUUUAUAAUCAAAACCGCAUGCUUUUUCGCCAAUCCUCCUCACGCACUGAAAUGGAAAAGGGCUCAAGCUCUAGGGCCGGUGGCUCAGGGGACGCUUUCAAGGGUCUACAGUUUGGGAGAAAGAUCUAUUUUGAGGAUGGGAGUGGCGGUGAGAGUUCCUCGAAGCCAGUGGCCGCUCCGGCGUUGCCGGAGAUGAGGCAGGUGGUGGCGGGGAAGAAGGCAAAAGGGGCAGCACAGGGAUUUGGGCAGCCGCUGCCUCCGCCGAGGUGCCAGGUGGAAGGGUGCAAUUUGGAUCUGAAAGGGGCAAAAUCUUAUUACUGCAGGCAUAAGGUUUGUGGGAUCCAUUCUAAGUCUCCUAAGGUGAUUGUUGCUGGACUUGAACAGAGGUUUUGCCAGCAAUGCAGCAGAUUCCACCUUCUAAAAGAAUUUGACCAAGGGAAAAGAAGUUGCCGCAGACGCCUUGCGGGACAUAAUGAACGUAGAAGAAAGCCACCUCCAGGGCUUUUACCAUCACGCUAUGGUGGGCUGUCAUCCUUCACUGAGGACAAUACUAGGCAUAGAGGCUUCCUCAUGGACUUCAUGCAUCCAAGGCCACCAGAUGCUACAAAAAACAUAUUGUGGCCAACCAUGAGAAGCAGCGACCGGGUAGUUACUAACCAGUUGCAGGGAAGUUUUCAAUCUUCAGGAGUGGCCAUGAGUAAUCCACUCCCGGCACUGUUCUCCGCCCCUGAACUAGCACUCGGUGAAUGCAUUGCAGGUGUGUCAGAUUCCACCUGUGCUCUCUCUCUUCUGUCAACUCACCCAUGGGAUUCAGCUACGGCUUCUGGCACGUCGAGAAACCAUGGCGAUCCUGUGAUCACUCCAAGCAUCGAAUUCCAGAUGGCUCCGGCAAACAUACCAAGCAGCUUUAUGAAUAGCUCUUGGGCGUUCAAAGGCCAUGCAGUAGGAAGCAGUAGCUCUCAUGAGAUGGGAUUGAGGCAAAUCCGGACAACUGGUAACUGCCAGUUCUCAGAUGGAAUUUCUCUAUCCUAGGGGUGUAAAUAAGUUGAGCCAAGCUCGAAUUUGGGCUAACUCCAACUUGGCUCUUCAACUUAAAGGCAAGUUUCAAUUCGAGCUCGAGCUCGGCUUGUUGGAGUUAUAAUGGGCUUGAUCUUUGGAGCUCGGGGGAGAAGGAUUAACAAAUUCAGCAGCUCAUUGGAGAAGAGGCGUGGUUGAAGAAGAAGAGCAGACUUUUGAGAAGAGAAAUAAAGAUUUAAGUUUUUAAGAACUUAGCAGCAGGUGGUAAAAUUUCAUAUUAUAUCUAACCAGACAGCUUAAAUAUUAGAUUUUUAUAAUAUAUAUAUAAUUCUAAAAGAAUUUCUCUUAAUUCUUGAGAUAUUAGAGCUAUUUUUAAUCGACUUGAGCACUAUAUCUGUAUUGUUCUGCAUUGAUAAAAUGUCCGGCAAAGAAAUGAAGGUACGAUUCUAUGAAAAAGAAUUAUUCAGUC